UUCAAAUGUAGCCUUGAGAUCUAAGGGUUCUAGGUCGUUCAUUCGGCAACCUUCUUAAUUAUGAGUAAUUUCGCCUCGUCUGCGUUUUCGUGUGUUGUCAAAAGCUGGAGAAUACAUGGACGUGCAUCUAUAAUUGCCGGUCGCUAUGGGAACAAUGCUUGCAAUGUAUACGAAAGUCUUGCACUCUCAAGAUUCUCAGAAGCUUGUGCUCAUGAAGGUUGUAACAUUUCAGGGCAUUCAGAAACUGUUGAAUGUAGGAAGAGUAGUAAAGUCCAAAACCCAGGGGGAUCUUCUGAAGGUGGUGGUUCCUUCAAUUUUAACAAUGUUGAUAUACUUAACUCCGGCAAUAAGGGACGUCCUGGAGGUUCUGGAGGAGGCUCUGGAAAUGGCACUGGCUCUUUCAUAAAGUGUAACAAAUGCGGUGGUCGUUUAAGAUCCAUUGUUCCAACUACAUCAUACAUAUCACGUUUUAUGGAGUGUGAAGCAUGUGAACAGCUCUACGAAUUAAUAGAUAAAAAUGAUCUCCCACCUAGCAAUGUUGAAGAAGUCCGACCUUCAUUGCCUACUCCUAAGGAGAUACAUCCAUACUUAGAUCGUUAUGUAAUAGGUCAAAAUAAAGCCAAACAAAUUCUAGCUGUUCAAGUCUAUGCUCAUUACAAUCGUAUACAAUAUAAUCGAUUAAUUAGCACAUCGGAAUAUAAUAAAUUUAAUUCAACUUAUUCAACUGCAGAAACAAAUCCUACAAUAAAUGAAGUUAAAACCCCUGUAAAUAAUCAUCAUUCCUCAGGUGAACAACUUUCAGAUACACGUCCUCCUGUACCUGUAAAUCAUCAUCGGAGCAAUUCAACUCAACCUUCUGUAGGAGAAUUACUUGAAUUUUUGCGCAAUAGUUCAGUAAGUUCGUCGAAAAAUUCAUUUACAAAUGGAAACAGUACAACAGGUUCAUUGCCAUCCGCUGUAACUUCGGAUUUGUCUGAAUCAGAAGAUGAUAUGGAAAAACGUUUUCGUGGUACACAAAUGAUUCGAAAUGAUUGUGAUCAACCAGUAAAAUUAGAAAAAAGCAACAUUAUAAUGUUAGGUCCAACUGGUUCAGGCAAAACACUAUUAGCUCAAACUUUGGCUCAAUGUUUAGAUGUGCCUUUUGCUAUUUGUGAUUGUACAACUAUAACUCAAGCUGGUUAUGUUGGUGAAGAUGUUGAAUCAAUUAUUGCUAGAUUAUUACAAAAUGCAAAUUUCAAUGUAGAACGUGCUCAACAAGGUAUAGUGUUUUUAGAUGAAGUAGAUAAAAUCAGCUGUAAAACUGGACAAUAUUAUGCUGCACGAGAUGUUAGUGGUGAAGGUGUUCAACAGGGUAUGUUAAAACUUUUAGAAGGUUCAAUUGUUAAUGUACCUGAAAUGAAAACUUCACGUAAACUACGUGGCGAAACUGUUCCAGUAGAUACAACUGAUAUACUUUUUAUAGCUUCUGGUGCAUUCAAUGGUCUUGACAAGAUAAUUAGUCGACGAAAAAACAAAAAGACUAUUGGAUUUGAUAUGAUGACACCGUCCACUGAAUCGUCAACACAAGGCACUACAUACACUUCAACAACAGACUCAAAUACUAAUUCAUCCCGGAAAUUUGAGAGUUCCGUUGAUGAUGAAAAUAUUGAACGUGAUAAAUUAUUACAAGAAGUUGAAUCUCGUGAUCUUAUUGCUUAUGGGAUUAUACCGGAAUUUGUUGGUCGUUUCCCUAUAAUUACUGUUUUACAUUCAUUGGAUGAAGAUAUGCUUGUUCGUAUUCUUACGGAACCACGUAAUGCAUUAAUAAAACAAUAUCAAUUACUUUUCAAUAUUGAUGGUUGUGAAUUGCAAGUCACUCCUGAGGCUAUUAAAGCUAUUGCUCGAUUAGCAUUAAGUCGACGUACUGGAGCUCGAGGUCUUCGUGCUAUCUUGGAAAAAAUAUUGUUACAGCCACGUUAUGAAGUUCCUGGAUCGGAUAUAUCCACGGUCAUUCUUACUGAAGAUGCUGUACUUGGUCAUUCCCCACCGGAAUAUUAUCGAUUUACAUCACUUAUCCCAUCGGCUAUUUCAUAAUCUCUGUUCCCUUGUCCCUACUGUCUCAUUAUAAUAAAUAAUAAUAAUAAUUACUAUUAUUAUUAUUAUUAUUAUUAUUCAGAUUAUGAUUAGUUUAUAUAUGUAUUCUAAAAGAUAUAAACCAUGGACAUAAAUGUCUGUUCUGAUUUACCAAUCUUGUUUAUUCUAUAUUAUUCGUUUUUUUUUGUGUGUGUGAGUAGAAUAAGUUUUAUAGUAUUAUUACUAUUAUUAUUAUUAUUAUUAUUAUUAUUAUUAUUUUCAUUAACUCGUGACUUCAAUUAUUAUUGCUAUUAUUAUUAUUAUUACUAUCAUUGUCUUCUAUCUUAAAUAGUCAGUAAUUUGUGCUAACUAAUGAUGUGAUUAACCAAUAAAUUGUGAAUGAUGCAGAUUCUUUGUGUGUAAUUGACAUCGGCGGAAAUUCUACCGUACAACAAUUUUGCCUACCUUUUAAUUGAUUGUAUUCAGAUCAAAAUUUAAUGUAAUAUGUGCAUACACUAGACAAUUUCAUACAUGAUCGAUCACAUUGGAGUGUAUGUAUUGUUCUGUGUCCUUGACUCAUAUAUAUAUUCUUUUAUUUCUUCACCUCAAUUAAAUUACUUCUGUAUACACUUACAAUUAUGAGUAUUUAUUUUCAAAUUGCCUGAUGUAUGAUGUAUACAUGUAUACAUUUACCUAUACCAUAUACACGUAUAUAGAUAGAUGUGUGUACACAUGCUUAUGUGCUUGUCUAUAUUCUAUAAACAUGUUAGUUGAUCUAGUUCAGGUCAUUUAACACAUUGUGUUCAGUGUUGAUGACGUAUGGUGUCUGUUUUUUUUGCUCUCUUUUUUUUUGAACUUUAGAAAUUAUUCAUAUUUUCAUGUUCAAGACCAAUUAGAUAUCAUCAUCUGUUGAACUUUGUGAGAACGAUAGAAAUGUAUGAAUUGAGUAGUGUUAGUAUUGACAACAACAACACCAACACACUUAUUUUUGUCUAUUCUAAGUUAUUAUUAUUAUUAUUAUUAUUUCGAUUUGGUUUUAUUUAUCUUGCUUUUUUUUCAUGGAUAAUAAUUAUUUGUCUUUAAAAAAAUAAUACGUUGGUCAGAUUA